ACUACAUCAGAAUAUUCUUUGAAUAGAAAUUCAAAUUUGGGACAAAGUGCAUUUGUUGGUGUCAAUAUAUAUUGAAACGACAAUGUUUUUUAUUCAUAUAUAGGGAACAAAAACCGGAGAGUGGUGAUCACUCUCUUUAUGCAUAGAAAAUCAGUCGCACUUUCCCAGAAUUCGAACACAUUUAAUCAAUUGAAGUGAGACUUUCCACAGCGGUAAACUUCUGUUUUUUCAAGAUAACUAAAUCAAUGGCUGCGCCCGCAUUUAAUUUACAUAUGUAAAGUUUUACUGAGCAAAGCUGGAUUUGAUUUCACAUCAAGAGCAUGGCUUGAGGCAAGACGCUUCACUUCCAGCUGUGUGUCUUCUCCUCUUCUUAUCCUCAGAAUUUAAGUCUAAAGAAGGAAAGAAACGUUGUAGAAAAAGAUCUUCCUGGAUACAUGUAUUUUGCCUUAGAUAUCUAACAAUAAUGUCAUAUUCGCGUUGUGGCUACGAAUGCGUGUGUUUUAUUUUCGUCUCGAACCUUUUACGUUGGUUUGUAAGAAUUCCGUGGCCCACGGGAAAUAAAUGGAUUAUUGUUUUAUAUCUUAUAUUUGUAAAUAAAAGAUACAAGCCCUUUUUUUCAAUAGAAAUUAAGUUCGACAAAUCGUUUCAACGUAUUCAGAAUACUUGAUGAUAAAACUUCCUCCAUGUUGUUUAUUUGGCUCACGGACAACCUAUUUGGACACUAAUCUAAUUUGAAGUCGGCAAAGCAAAAACUGUAUUGUUAUGGAGGUUUAGGUCAUUUAAACGUCAACAAAUACCAGAACUGAGUAAAUUACAUCCUCAGUAGUAACGAAGAUUUUUAUAAUAGAAAAACUCUUCCGAGAAAUCGGAAAUAAAUGUAUAGAUGUUUUUCACGAUCUCUGCCACUGGCCUUCAGCGAUAUAUUUUUCAUAAGUAAUUCCUCUUCUAGCCGAGUUUUUUACUCGUAAGAAAGAUUGUUUUUUAUAAAUAAGUAUUGAUUAAAAAUUGGCUUUUGUCCAUUGGUUACCUGAAUCCAAACAUACAGCCAUAUAAGAUUAAUAAACCAAAGAAAGAUUUUCUCAGGCUUGAAACUCAUUCAUAAACCGACAAACGAGCAGAUUUCUGUAAAAUAUCCUGACGUUCAAAAGUAAACAGACAGAACAAUUAUGCAAGAAAGGCCUUGGUGAUCAAUGAGGUUUUGAUAUACAUGCCCUCAUUAAGCCGGCACUAGUGCGGUACAUUUAGCCUACGUUACCGUCAAUACAUUUUCAUGUGAUAAUACACUCAAACCGAAGCUCAAAAACAAAAACUUUAAAGGCCAGAAUUUCGAUUGGCCGAACCUUAAUUUCUGUAAUUUGAGUUUUGCAUUUGUAAGAAAGCUUUCUUAAGGACCAAACAGAGCGCAACCGGAGGGCAGUGUUUUGAAAAGCUUCACUGGCGGCUUUGGCGGACAAUAUAAUUUCCAAACGUCUGUUGGUCAUUUUAGAUUAAGAAUUAUAGAUUAUAUUGCAAAUAUAGAUCAUAUAAGAGUGGAUGAAGGAAAAAAAAACGCCAGUUGCAUGUCAGACCUUCGGUCGAUCAUACUGCUUUAAAGAUUCCGUGGAGCCAUAACUUUUUCCAGGUUGGUGGAAUAUAUUGAUUUUGUAACUGAUUCACCAAAUGAUUAUAGUGAAGCAAAUUAGUGUAAUACGGAGAUGCAGCAACAAUUGCGAAUCACGAAGCUGCAGACCUAGUUUUACAACUAUAAGAAAAACCCAAAGGCUUAACGGGAAAUAUAUAUGCGCUCGGUGGAUGGCACUUAUUUUAAACAAUUUUUGCAAGCUAAUGAGUUCAGAACUGUAUCACACGAUAUCAAUUUGUCAGCGGUUUGCUUUGUAAAUUCCGCAUAUUUUUCUUCCACUUAGGUUUUCCUUCAAGGGCAAAUCUGGCUCUAGUUACUCGAACUGUACCUAGAAUAACAACGGCGAAGAGUUUUCUGUAGAUAUUUUAUUUUGAUGUAAACAUAUCGAGGAUUUCAACAAAGAUUGUUAUAACCCAAAGGUAUAUUUCAGAAAAGGUUUGACUAAAAGCAAUUACUGGGUAACGGAUGUGACGCAGUGAGUAACCCGGUAUUGAGCUUAAAGUGCUUGUUUUUAUCAUUUCGACCAUGUCAAUUGGAAUAUUGCUUGCUCAGAAAGGUUUAAUAGUAAUAUCGAUCUAUUUUACACGUGCUGGGUGGGAUAGACAUUUUUAAGUCUAGAAUACAAACUUUUACUGACCUUCUUUCCUUCUACCUACUCUGGCAGACGACGUUGUUGGGGAUCCUGUGCCAAUAGCUAUAACUGUUAUCCUCUCCUUCCUUUGUGAGGCAGAACACAACAAAACAGAAAAAGUUGCAUAAAGACCCGAGAAAUAAGAAAUGAACGAAUCAUCACGAGAAGAACGAGCCUCGGAUAUUUCCCUAGUGGGGUGGUCACUGGCUUUUGGCAUAAUGUCCGUAAUCAUCGUCACGGGCAACUCAGUUGCCAUUGCGGUGCUUACAUGAAAGCGACUACUUAGGAGGCGCACGAGCUAUUUUCUUCUUUCACUGGCAGUUGCUGAUAUGACAGUGGGAAUAUUUUCAGUUCCAGCUUUCAUCUAUCAGUUUGUUAGCUUCUGGCAACAUCGAUCUGUCUCAAAAUCCACACUUUUAAACAUCGUGAAAGCAAUGGACGUCUUUUGCGGCCUGGGUUCCACAUUCACGCUGACAAUAAUCGCCUUGGAAAGAGUGUAUGCGAUUUGUUUUCCAAUCCGUCACCGAACCUCCACAAAAAGGAUGUACCACGCCUUGGUUUCUUGCGUUUGGAUCCUAGCGACGCUCUUAUCAAGCCUGUAUUUUUUCCAUGAAUACGACUUGAUCGAACAUAAAGUGUUCUUCUGGUUUCUAAUUUUGACGUUCUUCUCCUCCAUGCUUGUCAUGUUGCUAGCAUAUCUUGCCAUCUGGAUAAAGGCUCGCGUACAGCAAUUGUACUUCAGAGAGGCAAGUGUAGAGUCAUCUGGAGCUGGAUCCGACAGAAAGAGACUUCCUCACAGCCACGAAAACAGCAGCAGGGACAGAGGUCGCCGAGCCAUCGAAAAUGACCGAAAAUUGGCCAUGACUGUGUUUAUAGUGACGACAGUUUUUAUCCUAACAUGGCUUCCAUUCCACGUCAUUAACCUAAUUGUGUUCUUGAGGUGUAAGUCGUUUCCAUGCCUCGCGCAGCCUUCAUACCAACUGAUUAAUACCGUGAAAUUACUUCAUUACACAAAUUCUAUUUUAAACCCAGUUAUUUACUCGCUCAGACUUCAGGAUUUUCGCUCAACUUUGAAAAGAUUCCUAUAUCGUAAAGGAUGAUGCGUUUUUAGGGAAUCCGAUGGUGUUUUCAAAAUACACUUUAGUUGGGUGACAGAGAGAUCAAAUGGUCAUGCUUAAUCCCCCAAUUUACCGACUAUUUGACCUAAUCAGUAUGCUUCACGGGAGGUCAAAGGGAAAACGAAGAUGUGUUCGUGCAUCCAAAGGCUCAUGAAAGGAUUGGAUCACAACGCACACAUCAAAUACAUCGUAGGAAGAACAUUUUACUCAAUUUCAUAAUCUUAAGACAUUACCAUGAAUCUUAAUAAAUAAUCAAUUGCAAACAAUUGUUUCAUUUUUGACGUAAAGAGUACACUUUCUCCAAGCCCUGGUUUUCUCGAUCAAACGUGAGUACAAGGCUCAAGAAAUCUCAAGAAAUCCUCACACCCGGUAAUCUUCACCAAGCGAUCAUCAAUUCUGGUGAGAAGCUCUGAAAGGAAUAUUAACUUUGCUUACAAUGAUUACGAAAGCUAUAUCUAGUGUCCCAAAAAGGCUUCCGAAGACCAUAAACAGUUAUUUCCAUUUGGUUGUUUGUGAAUUGCAAGCUUACCACGAUGACAAGGUUUGAAAAGCUGACUUUGAGUACCCUAGUCCUUCGUCGGCUCACAUUGCUAAUUCUGGGUGUACGUUCUUAGACAGCAGUUCUUUCGAGAAAGGUCGUCGGAAAAAAACCAGCGUUUAAGUGCGAGCCACAACCCCAAUAGGUAUUGUGGGUAGUUUCCUGACCUCGGAAUUUCCGGGAAAUCUGCGAGAAUGUCACUGUGAAGACGAGGCUUCGUUGGUUUGACAAAUUUACUUACUCAUUUACUUGACUAGUUAAACUUCAAUAAUUAUCGAAUAACCAGACUACCUUUCAAGAUUGUCGCGUGCACUUUUGUCCUUUUUUCCGACAACCUUUCUAUAAAAAGAUGUAUUCUUAAGUAUGAUGUAACUGCAUUUUGUAUACUGUUAGUUACGGCUACACGGUUAAAGCAGAAUUAUAGCAAUUG